ACGAGCAUGCGCUUGUGACUUUAGGCGGGCGUAACGCUGAAGGCUAAUACACCACCCCUAGUAGGCCGCGGUUGCUCGCUGUUCGCCAUAACUGGGAAUCAGGGGAAGCUGGUGUGACUGCUAGGUCGUAUUGCUGGGUGAAUUAGGAUGGGUGACAAGCCGCUCUGGGAGCAGAUAGGAACCAGCUUUGUGCAGCAUUAUUAUCAGUUGUUUGACACAAACAGGCCUCAACUUGAAUCAAUAUACACUGAAGAGUCAUGCCUUACAUGGGAAGGAGAACAGUUUCAUGGAAAAACUGCCAUUAUUCAGAAAAUUUCUAGCCUUCCUUUUCAUAAAAUUGCACAUAGCAUAACUGCACAAGACCACCAGCCCACCCCUGAUAGUUGUAUAUUGAGUAUGGUUGUUGGACAACUCAAAGCUGAUGAAGAUCCAGUCAUUGGAUUCCACCAGAUGUUCCUUCUAAAACACAUCAAUGACUCCUGGGUCUGCACCAAUGACAUGUUCCGACUUUCACUGCACAACUUUACUUAAAAUGCACUUGAUGCAAAAAGGAAGACAAGAAAAAUAGUCCCUGUAUCCAUCACCACCUGCUGUCUUGAGAUUAACCACCUCUUUGAGAUUCCAAAUAUCAUACACAAAAACUAACAAAUGAAAUGCCCGUGCAGAAAUCUGGCCUCUGCAAUUUUCAGAUCUGUCAUUUUUGCUCUUCUGCUACAGUAUAUUGUGGGAAAUCUUCAGUCAUUGUGCAUGAUGUUUGGAAGCUGUUUCAGCUUCAUCCUACAGCACUGGUUUGGCUCACCAAUUUUGUUUUAACUUGAUUUUUUUUUUCCAGUUGUUUGUUGUUGCCAGCAUGCCUUAGAGAAUAAAAUACUGGGUUUAUAUUUUAUUUUCUGUUUUAAUGUACUGACAGGUUGCUCUAGUGAUCCAAAGAACCAAUAUAUUAGCUACCUGUAUUAAGUCCAGAGCUCUUUCAUUUUGUCCAUACUUUACAGAAGCCACGAUACAAAAUAAAACCUUGACAUUUUCUUAAUG